UCUGAUGAGUCAGGAAUGUGGUUGCAUGCCUUACACAUGAGCUAUUACUGAACACAGGCCCCAGUAGAGCACAGCCAGUGCGCUCAUUCACAGACGGGCGGGAGCGAGCGAGAGGGAGGAGGCUCAACAAUAGAGAGCAGGAGCGCGCAGAGCCCGAGUCAGAAGUGAAGAGACGCGCGAGAGCAAAGAGCGCAGCUGCGGCGGCAGCUCAACACACACAAGCCUUUCCAUCCCCUGAUCUUCAGAGGAAGCAUCUCCACCUCUGUUCUAGCGCUCAUCUGAGCUCCGAGUGGAUUGUGGAGGUUUUCUGCGUGUGGCCUGGAUGCCCGUUGACCUGGUGAUCCCUCCUCCGCUGUGGACAGACAUGCACGAGAGCGAGAUGAGGCUGAAGAUGCGCGUGAGGCGCAUCAAAGAAGGGCGAGAUCUGAGAGGUGGCUUUGCUGCUUUCUCUUCCUGUUUUCCUGAGCUGUGUGAGAGUAAACCAGCCACUAUUCUACCUCUCAGCCUGUCCCAACCCUGUUUACCUGUGGCCAACGUCGGACCCACUCGCAUCCUGCCCCACCUGUACUUGGGCUCCCAAAGAGACGUCCUCAAUAAGGAACUGAUGACUCAGAAUGGAAUCACUUACGUUCUCAAUGCCAGCAACACCUGCCCCAAACCUGACUUCAUCAGCGACAACCACUUCAUGCGCAUUCCCGUCAACGACAGCUACUGCGAGAAGCUGCUUCCUUGGCUGGAAAAAACCAACGAGUUCAUUGACAAAGCCAAGGUGUCAAACUGCAGAGUCAUCGUCCACUGCUUGGCUGGCAUAUCCCGCUCUGCAACCAUUGCCAUUGCCUACAUCAUGAAAACUAUGGGCCUGUCUUCAGAUGAUGCCUACAGGUUUGUGAAGGACCGUCGGCCAUCAAUAUCUCCAAAUUUCAACUUCUUGGGUCAACUGCUGGAGUUCGAGAGAGGCUUGCAGAUGAGGAAGGGUCUACCCUGUGACCCUAUAAGGUUAUCAGGGAAGCCAAAUGAAAAAGUGGAGGAGGUUCAGAAGAUGGAACAGGAACGUUCGGAGGGCGAACGCUGUGACCAGAGGACUCUUCAAACUACAGAGAUCACCGUAAAGCCUCCGUUGCCUACAUCACUGCAGAAAGACCUAAGCUCCCUUCACCUGUCCAAUGAACGUAUCCUUCAAAACAAACGGCUCAAGUGCUCCUUCUCCCUUGACAUCAAAUCUGUCUACUCCUCGAGCCAAAACCAGCAAUCUUUUCCAAACUCCUCAUCGUCAGACUCUGAAAACAUACCCAAACUCUGCAGACUUGACCGCCUGAGGAACAGCAAUGGCGUAUGCCAGUACCCUUCAACUACGAACCACCCAAGCCCUACGGAGUCACAGUAUACUGAUGUAAAGUCCAGGAUGAGCCAGCAAAGCGAGAGGUGGGAAAAUGGUGGCUUGGAGAGGUUAACUCUUUCCCUCGAUCUGAAGCAGGGUAACUGCGGGCCAAGACCCCAGGAUGCCAUUUGCGAGACCAACUUGAAGGUGCCUUCUUUCCUCAGCUUGCCGCUGGGUACGUCUGCUUCUUGGACCAUGCAUAGAGGCUCAAAUGAGGCCACCACCCCUAUCACACCCACGGGUGACUGCCAUUGUUUCUUAGGCACUAAUGUGACACCAUCUGGAACCGGGAGCACCAUGCACUUUGGCAGCAGUCCUGUCUGUGGCAACUCCAAGCCCAGCAAACACGGAAGGGACAAAACGCCAGAGCCACUGGACUUUCAAAACAAUUGGCUCGAGGAUGGGAAAGCAGUUGUGUGCAGUGUAUCGCAAGUAGACAUGAAGUACAAGCGCCGCAGCUGCCAGAUGGAGUUCGAAGAGGGUAUUAACACAACACAAAGCAGCGAGGAAUUUGGGAAGCUGGGCAAGCAGUCCAGUUUCUCUGGCAGCAUGGAGGUCAUCGAGGUAUCCUGACAAAGAUGACAAUCUAACUCCAGGGAAAGCUGCUUAUUUAUUACAGAGUUCUGUUGUUAAAGAGCUUUGCAUCUAAGAUGGACUCGUCUCUGCCUCCUUUUUCAAUCAAGGGUAGAAAAUGGGUAACGUAGGAUACACUAAAGAUGGCACUCACACCAAAGACCUCACGGAGUGACCUUUUUCUGGCAUGUCUUCCUGUGGUACACUAAAAAUGAAGGAGGACUGAUGGAGGACAUCCUUUUAGCAUGAUCAUUCAAAGACACUAUACAUGAAAGAAUGAAACGAGUGUGUGUAUUUGUGCAUUUAUGCUGGUUUUGAUGCAAAUUAGGGAAGUCGCACUUAAGGGGGAACUGUAUGUAUGCCCAACUUUGAGAAGAUGUAAUUGCUGUGCGACUAUUAUUUUUUUCAUUGCCCAAUGUUAUAUUUACCUAUAAAUUGAGUAAAAUAGGGCAGUUGCAUUCAAUAAUGUCCCUAUUCAGUGUUAUAUUUUUUAUGAACAGUGUAAUAAAAGAGUGGAAAUAUGAAGUGUAUGUUCGAGCUGAGGUUCUCUCAGAUCUACUACUGUGCACUGAGCAUGCUCAGAACGGCUGGCUACCUACAGACAGACAAGCUGCAUCCAGCAGCACUAUGUACUAAGCUGUAAAUCUAGACAUAUUUACAUAUAUAUGUAAAAGACAUUUACUUCAACUUAAAAGGUCUAUUUAAAGUUUCAUGCAUUUUUGCUUUAAUUUAUUGUAUUGGUUUCAUUCUGGCAAUGAGCAAUAAUAUAUUAUUUGAAAAC